AGAAAGGUAGCUAGGUGGAUGGUCAGUUAACCCUUAUUACAUUAACUUAUAUUCACUUUAUCAUUGGAAUGGAAUAGUAAUUAGCAAAUUUAUGGUAACCUUUUGGUCUUUAUUUGAGACUUGUUUUUCUUAGCAAAAUGGCAAUGUUUGGGAUUGAUCUUAACAAGAUCUACAUCAAAUAGACUUAGCCAAUCAAUUCAUUUGCUGGAAAUACAACUCAUUUCUUCAAUUGCCUUUUUUUUAAAUUUGACCUUUCCUCGAUCAGCUUGUUGGAGACAUGGUGGGGUCACUGUGAUCUUUUCAUGGCAUCCAUGGACAGUGUCACAUACUGAGGGUCAGAGAUGAAAGGAUGAGACAGAAAUUAUGGCUUACCUAGAAAAGAACACUGGAGAACAACAACAGCCUGCCACGAAGACAGAAAACACUGUGGACAAGACCUCUGUUAACGAGGAGGUGAAGUCAGAUUACUUUGAGGUAGAUACAGCGAGCGAGGACCUCCCGAACGUCAGGACCCCCAGCGUGAUCAACGUGAGCCCCUUCAGCAGUUCAGCAGGUGGCUGGGGGACAUUCAGACCACCACUGUACUUCGAACCCAACACCCAUGACCCACAUGUUCCCGUUGGCUUGCCUGCAGAGGCAUCAAAGCCACUCCCCAUUUACAAAACACACACCGUCAAGACGUCUUUUAAUUCACACAGGACGUCCAUCAUUAAAGUGCAGCCCUUCAUUCAUGAAGAGGACUUGUCAGACUCUCUGUCCAUGCGCUGGCCAGCCCUACCACGCAAGCCACUGAUGCUGCUGAUCAUUAUUUGCUUAUUAAUAGCAGUGACUCUGGCUCUAGGAAUUGGUCUGGGAGUGGGUUUGAGUUGUUCUGGAAAAUUCCACUGUGUGUCUUCAACUCAAUGUAUCAGAAGAUCUGCUGUCUGUGAUGGAGUCAAAGACUGUGGCGAGGGAGAGGAUGAACUCAACUGUGUGCGAGUGAGUGGGAGACACUCUGUCCUGCAGAUUCACAGUAGGGGGAUAUGGAGCUCUGUGUGCUGGGAGAACUGGAGUGCCAAUCUGGGAUUCUCUGCCUGCAAACAGCUCGGAUACAACAGUUAUGUGAAUUCCACUUCCAUGCCUCUCUCUUCUGUCGAGUCUGCCUUCAAGAAAAACAUAGUGAUGAUUAGUUCACGCUUUCCAAUACAUCAUCAAACCUUCAAAAUUCAUAACAGCUCCUUCCUCAGAACGGUUCAGUGCAUAUCCGGGUUGGUCACGGUACUCAAGUGUAUAGAGUGUGGUACCAGACCUGGGUUCAGGACCCGGAUCGUAGGGGGAAAUGUAUCUCUCUCUGGGCAGUACCCAUGGCAGGUCAGCUUGCAGUACCAGAACCAGUAUCUCUGUGGAGGAUCGCUAAUAACCAACCAGUGGAUAGUCACUGCUGCACACUGUGUAUAUGGUUUUGCUAAUCCCGCUUUAUGGACGGUUCGGGUGGGCCUCACGGACCAGCCUGUGAGUGGAGCAUCAGAUCUCUCUGUAAUGAAGAUCUUCUUCCAUAGUGCAUAUCAUCCAGAAGGACUUAGCUACGAUAUUGCUCUCAUUAAACUAAUGCAGCCACUGACAUUCAAUGGUCAAGUACAGCCCAUCUGUCUGCCUAACUACGAUGAAGGCUUCAGUUCAGGAUCCAUGUGCUGGAUAUCAGGAUGGGGAGCCACAAAAAUAGACGGAGAGGUGAGUGUGUCUCUACACUCUGCACUGGUUCCUCUCCUCUCUAUUCAAGAGUGUGGAGUCCCGGGACUUUCUCCAUGGAACAUCUGCGCUGGGAUUCUUACCGAUGGAACCGGCACGUGCCAGGGGGACAGCGGUGGUCCCCUGGCCUGUCAAGCCUCGGUGUGGAAGCUGGUGGGAGCAGCAAGCUGGGUUCAGGGCUGUGGAAAACUGAACAAUCCAGGAGUUUACACCAGUGUAACUUACGCUCUUCUGUGGAUACACCAGACCAUGGAGGUAAGGCAGGAGUAUGGGCUGAGCACAGCUUUAUAGUCCAGUAAGGAAUAAAACACACAGGGUCAAGCUGAUAUAGAAAAAUUUCACAUUAUACUUUAUAUCAGUUUAUAGUUACAUUUAAUGUGUGAAACAUCCACGAAACAACUUAGCUCCUGUUAUCACGUACAUUAUAACAGCUAUUAACAAUAACUCCCUCACUAACCUCUCUCUUGAAGUUAAUACAAAAUCUAGCUUGUCAUGUUCCCUCAAAGCACUCUGCCCUAAAGACUUUCCAAGGUCUGAAAACUUAAAGUUACAGUUUUAAAUCUGAUUGUUUCAAAGCACGGACACAGGAGACUCCUUCCAAAACAUCUUUACACUCCAAACGUCACCACACUGAUGAUUAAACAUGAAUUUUAAAUGAUUUUGUUAUUUGCUGAAUGGAAGUUAGGAUUGAAAGCUGAACACACAUUGCAUUAAACCAUCCAUCCAUCCAUCCAUUUUCUGUACCGCUUAUCCU